AUGUGUGACACCCUUCCAUCCCUUGUUCAUGGCCCACGCAUUGAAGACCAAGACAUUUCUCACUUGCAAUUGUGGCAGGAUGCGGUCAAUGCCCGACCCAAUGCCACUGCCUUGAUCGCAAAACACCAAUCCCCAUCCACUUUUCGCUGGGUUGGUAGCCAGCAUACCGACAGGCAAUACGUACAAUGGACCUUUGCCGAUAUCGACCGCGGCGCCCGUCGAUUGGCAAGCGCGUUGAACCGCAUGGCUCAUGUCGAGCGCAGGCCGAUUGCUGCCCUCAUCAACAACCAGGCCGAGUGGGCGCUCUUCUACUGGGCUUCGGCAUACCUUCACWCGCCUUUCGUACCCAUCAAUCCAAAGAUCGCUACUCGAGCAGAGGAGCUUAACCAUAUGCUGGAUCUGACAGGACCCGUGGUCCUGGUGACUGCCGAUCUCACCAUCGCAAGCCAGAUAGAGCAGAGUCUCUCGGAGAAACUCAUGUCAUCAAUCAACACGAGGAUAACCUUGUCGACGUCGGGAAGUAAGACUGCACAUUCGUGGAACCUUCUCUCAGACAUCAUGUCAGGGGACCCAACUCCACCAGAUACACCAGAUGUCGUGGCUGCCAACGACACCAUUGUCAUCUUGUUCACCAGCGGAACCACUUCGCUUCCGAAACCUUGUGCUCUGACAAGUUACCAAUGUUUGAAUGCAGCUUUGGGAUACAUGGAUGCUCAGAAGAUUGACUCCAGCCAUAGAUUCGUCCAGCAUCUACCUGGAUUCCAUUCAUAUGGUAUUGGCUGGUCACUGGGAUUCUGGAUUCGAGGCGGCAUGAUUAUUUAUCCUUCAGACAAUUUUGAAGCUCAGGCUACGCUGGAAUGCUUUGACCAAUUAGGAGCAACACACAUGGGCUUGGUUCCAACCACAGCUCAAGCCAUUCUUGCACAUCCUUCGUUUGGCAAGACGAACUUGAGUAGUCUAGUAAGCAUCGACAUCAGUGGAGCUGGAGUGCUACCGAGUCUGGUCGAGGCUUGCACAUCAUCUCUCAAGGUCCCAUCAAGUACCAGCUAUGGUAUGACUGAGAGCCCUGGGACAAUGGCGUGGUCUGUUGAUGAGGGCUCGGUGAUUCGAGACGGCGAGGUCAUGUCCGGUCGACCGGUACGGGCCACGUCGGUCAAGAUCUGUGAGCCGGGCACGAAGGAUAUCGUCCCUCGGGGACAAUUCGGUGAACUUCACAAUGGCGGUCCUCAGGUCAUCUCUCAAUACAUGGACCCAAGAGUAUCAAGCGAUGACUUUUACCAAGACGAAGAGGGCACAAGAUGGAUCAUUACUGGAGACCAAGCCAUUAUGGAUGCAGAUGGGGCUGUGAGAAUUUCCGGAAGGUACAAGGACAUGAUCAUCCGAGGAGGGGAGAACAUUUCUCCGGCCAGCAUCGAAGACUAUCUCAGCAAGAAGACCGAAGUAUUUAUGGUUCAUGUUGUUGGUGCACCGGAUGAAAUGGCUGGAGAGGUUCCCAUUGCGGUCAUCACCACAGUUGAGGGCUUCAAGGUCGAUGUCAACGCCAUGAAGCAGGACACUCAACGCGACCUCGGUCCAGCCUUUGCUCCCAAAGUCAUCUUGCAUUUGAAGACCGACCUAGGUCUCGAUGCUUUCCCAAGCACUGCAUCUGGCAAGGUUCGAAAGGUGGAGCUGGCCAAGAUUGUUCGCGAAUACCUCAAAGUACAACAAGAAGCGGCAUUGGACAAGUCUGGUUCCACAGUCGAUGCUUUGAUCGGCAUCUGGAAGAUGAUCAGCGGCACCGAUGGCCUCCUUCCAACCUCUGCCCUCGAUACUUUUGCCGACUCUUUGAUGAUGAUGCAGCUUUCUGGGACAGUCAAGAAGGAGCUCGACCGGGACAUUACUGUUGAGGACUUCAAGACCUGUGAGACCAUCCAACAACAAGCCGACCUCAUCGAGGCGAGACCUCUGAAGAGCGCUGUGAGUCUGCAGCCCACGCGUCAGGGACCUCCUACUCUCGGAGAAAUUCCACACGCACGUGAAGAUCCUGCAGUUAUGCAACAGACACAACACGCAGUGGAGCAAAUGUUGACGCCGUUUGGUAUGUCGUGGAAUGAUGUCGAGGACGUCGUGCCACUACCCGACUGGGACGCCAUCUUCGUCAAUCAAGCCCGGCCUGGUUCGUGGAAUCUUCGUUUCAGCUACCACGCUGAUGUGACCGCGGAAGCGCUAGCCGCUGCGGUCACCGCGUCGUUGGAGUUCCACCCUACCAUGCGAUCCUUGGCUCUCCAGAGCCAUGAAGGCGAGAUGCUGUUGGUUACUGUUCGUUCCACGGAGAAGUGGUUGAAAGCUUCCAUGACCACUGGCUGGGAGGUUGAGAAGAAGGAGGACCUGAACACACUCCUCCUCGACGACCCUGUCUUGGAUAAUGCCACGGCUCCGGGCCCUCUCGUGCGUUUCCACAUUGCAAAAGUCCUAAACGAUGGCAGCUCCGGCCUGGUCAUGGUUGGCUCGCACGCCGUCAACGACAUGAGCAUGACGAAAGUGUGGCUCGAAGAUAUCGUCACCAUCCUGACAGGUGAGGGCACAGUAUUACCACACGCCCUCUUCAAGGACUACGCCACCGCAUUCUAUGACCACCGCGACGGCGUCGAAGCCGAAAAGGGUAUCCAAUACUGGAYAAAUAAACACGUUGGAAUCAGCCAGGUUCCCGAGUCGACCCUCUGGCCUGUGCAGAGAGCACCCGAAUGGUUCAAAGGCAACGACGCCGGCUGGACGCGCUGGAACGGUGCCAAAGCCCGUCGAGGGGAGCGGAAUGUUGGUCUCUCCGAAAAGCUCGCCGCGCAAAGAGGACUUCGCCGUCCCGUCAAAGUCGACGACCUCUUCCGGUUGAAAGCCGAACAUGGCGUCCCGUCCUUCAUGCUCGUCAAGGCAGCCAUAGCCAUCCUCAACAUCUCCAAGACGGGCGGGAAAGAAGCCAUCUUCGGCACCAUCAACGCCGCUCGUACCUGGCCUUUUGCAUCGGAUUACAAUGCUCUCGAGCGAGAGGCAUACACUUCCAACCCUCUGGACAUCUCAGGCUGCACCACCGAAUACGUCCUAGAUCGCAUUCCCGUCGGCCUUUCAAAGUCCGUCUUAUCCUUCAUGCAACAAGUCAACGCCGAUGAAGAACAGAACAGUUCUUUCGCUCACACGCCCUUCUUCCGCAUCGUGGACCGUCUCCGGGAUCCCAUUACUCCAGACGACACGCGUUCCUUUCGCGAGAGGGAGUUAGACGCCGAAGCUUUGUUGCCGUUGAUUCGAAGGCAGAGCUUCAACUGGCUGCCCACGGCUCCCACGGCGCAGAACCCUAAAGGCUUGAGAUUCCAGGAUAUGCAGACUAGAAUGGACAAUGGGUUGACGAUUACGGGAUUUUUGGCGGAGGAUAAGAGGAGUGUGGUGUUGGGAUUUAGUUGGGACGCGGAACAUUUGAGUUUCGGGGAGGCGGAAAGGAGUUUGGGAGAGCUGGUGGGAUUGGUCAGUAGGAUGGGGAGAGAGGAGAACUGGGGAUUGAGUGUCGGAGAGUUGCUAAGAUUGUGA